CGGGGCUCUGCAUUCGCCGGUUCAGAUCAGCAUGGACAUGGACGGUCGCGACCGCUCAAAAAGCAAGACAUUGCAACCUCCAACCUCCGAAUAUCUGGAUCUCAUCUCUAAUUUGGCCUCUCCCAAAACUUUUCUCUUCCAUCCUCCGCGCUCCACCUCUCGUUCGCAUCCAACUCCUGCUGCGCAGAGUACCACCGUCGCGCCAUCAACCACCAUGGACAAGCAGCAGCCCAGCUCCUUCCAGCAGCUGGAAAAGCUCGGAGAAGGCACCUAUGCCACUGUCUUCAAAGGACGCAACCGCCAAACCGGUGAGCUGGUUGCCCUGAAAGAGAUCCACCUCGAUUCCGAAGAGGGAACACCAUCCACCGCCAUCCGAGAGAUUUCGUUGAUGAAGGAGCUGAAGCACGAAAGCAUCGUCUCGCUCUAUGAUGUGAUCCACACGGAGAACAAACUCAUGCUCGUCUUUGAGUACAUGGACAAGGAUCUGAAGAAGUAUAUGGAUACCCGCGCCGACCGCGGCCAAUUGGACCAAGCCACAAUCAAAUCUUUUAUGCACCAGCUUCUCAAGGGCAUUGCGUUUUGCCACGAGAACCGCGUCCUCCACCGUGAUCUGAAGCCUCAAAAUCUCCUGAUCAAUAAAAAGGGACAACUCAAACUUGGAGAUUUCGGUCUCGCCCGCGCCUUUGGCAUUCCCGUCAACACUUUCUCCAACGAAGUCGUGACCUUGUGGUACCGUGCCCCGGAUGUACUUCUGGGCAGCCGCACAUAUAACACGAGCAUCGACAUCUGGUCUGCUGGAUGUAUCAUGGCGGAACUCUACACCGGCCGUCCUCUGUUCCCCGGCACCACCAACGAAGACCAGCUUAUUAAGAUCUUCCGUCUCAUGGGUACCCCUUCGGAACGCUCAUGGCCCGGCAUCUCCCAGCUCCCGGAGUACAAGCCAAACUUCCACGUCUAUGCCACGCAGGACCUCAGUCUCAUUCUUCCCCAAAUCGACCCUCUAGGUCUGGAUCUUUUGAGCCGGAUGCUGCAGCUACGACCAGAGAUGCGGAUCAGUGCCCAAGACGCCCUGGUACACCCCUGGUUCCGCGAUCUUCCGCAAUUGCAGGCCCAGUUGCAGCAACAGCAGCAGCAACAACAAAUGGCUGGGGCUUAUGGUGGCAUGGUUCCCCAACAGCAAGCAUACUGAGAUUCUUCCUUUGAUCCGUCUUUGUUUCCUUCUAGUUCGUUUUCAUCAUGUACAGCCUUUCGUUUACCUUGGCUUUCGUUCAUCUGCCCCCUUCAUGGAAGGCUUGACGAGCAACGGGUUCGGUUUUAGAAUGGGGAGAGCGCGGCGUUUGACUCCUAAGAGGACAUUCAAAUGAUUCUUUAUGUUUUCUUUUUCUUUGCGGUGCAUAUGGCCGAUGGCAUUUCGUAGAUAACUUUGAUCAUGAUACUUAACGUUCGCU